AUGACCAAGACAAGCGUCGCGGUAAUGCCAUCCGCGGAGAAUAUCUCCAGCCCGGAUCAAUCGCAGAGGCCCGGUGGAGGGCCAAUGUGCAAGAACUGUCACACGCUAACGACGCCUCUGUGGCGCAGAAACGAGCAUGGUGCGGUGUUGUGCAAUGCGUGUGGGUUGUUUCUGAAACUACACGGCCGCCCCCGCCCAAUCAGCUUGAAAACAGAUGUAAUCAAGUCACGGAAUCGCAAGAGCACGCACUCGACAUCAAACUCCUCGGCAAACCCGACAUCGGCGAUGCUUCACCCAUCGCCCUCUGAGGCCCGUAAGAAAGACUACAAGAAACGAAAGACGCACGACGCGCGUGAGAUCAGCGCCGCGGAAACACUUGAGACUAUCUUGCAAUUUGAGAAUGGGCCCCGUCCUGCAAAUAAGUUGCAGCAGGAGAACCAAACCACGGGGAUCGUAUCCAGCAAUGAGCCAGGAGUGGGUAACAUGCACGUCUGGCGCAAGAUCGUACCUGCCAACCAAACAUCCCCCCCUCCUGCCACACCUCCUUCGCAUCAUAAUGUGCCUCUGCCGCAUCUAUCUCUGCUUCUCGAAUCUGUCAAGUCUGAGGAGCGCUCUCAAGAACAAUCAAACAAAAUCCAAGAGGUGGCGUCUUCGUCCUUAGAUCCGGAGAUUUUGGGAGACCAAGCACAGCAGCAGCAACAACAACAACAUUCUGCAGGGUCGCCAGGAGUACCUGGAUCUCUCAAUUUGUCACUCCCAAUGAGACAAUCGCUUUCACAUCAACAGACCACGCUCAAGCGCCCUGUACCGCCAGGCACAUCUGAUUUAUAUCAUGGACAUGAAAGUCAGGCACAGUUGCCUUACAUGCAUCUGCCGCUGGGUGUACGGCGUACCACAUCUACAGGAACUUCGCGAGAACACGAUCAAAUACCUCAGAUGCACAUGGCGUCAAUAAAUGAAAUCUUGAACAAUCAAAAACCCAAGUCCGAAUCGCCUACCUUGUACGCGGGAUCAAAGCACGCGCAAAGUGGAAACUCACAACGUCAGUCCCCAGAAAGUAAGCCCAUACCGCCGGUUUCAAAUGUUCGCAAUAGCUCAGAAACGGAAAGCGCAGCAAGGCUGCGUACGGAAUCUCAAUUCUCGGAUUCUCCCCCACCAAUCGACCUUCAGACUAGUUUGCCGGUAAAUUCCACGAUGAGUGGUCAAUUUACUGUUAGUCAGCAAGCGUCGUCCAAGGACCAGCGAUCCAGUUCGGACUCAGAGCAGCGUAGAAACUUGGAGUCCGAUACAAACUUGGAACAGCAACUGUCGGAAAAACAGCCUAACGGGACUCAUGCCGACACUCGCACAAUCAUGCCUCAUGGCAGUCGAAAUAAUCUAGACGAAGUACCACUUCCACCUAGCGCUUCCCUCAUUAGCCUGCUGCAGGGCCAAGAAGAAGUAAUAAAGUUAAAAACUCGCAUCAGCGAGUUGGAGCUGGUGACGGACUUGUACAAGAGACACAUACUUGAACUCGAUUCUAAAUGUCGCUCCCUGGAAGACAGGCUAGAGCAAAGAGAGCGGUAA